AUGAUCGGAAUCGAGUGGUCUCACAACAACUGUCGAGAUGAGGUACCUCCCGGUUGGGAGUCCUCUCGUCAAGAUCGAGUGAGGAACGUAGCCGUUCGUGAGGAGCUAAGAGACGAGGAGUUGCUUCUCUGUAUUGAGGAGAUCACAACUUCGAUGAGAUUCUUCAAAUGCUUCAUGGUGCUUCUGAUUCCUACUUUAGUGAGCAAGCGUGGAAGAUCAGCAAUUGUAGGAUAUAUCUUUGUCUUGACUCUUUCGGGACCUGUUGUAAAUAUCAUGGGAAACAUUGAAGAGACAGUCCAAAGUUUAAGUUGUGCUCAGGAACAUUUAAAAGGAAUUCUUCAGAGGAUUUUUGUUAGAUUGAAGCGGCCCUUUGUUGAAAUUAAACACAUGAUCUCAAAAAUUCAGGACUACGUAUUGAAGACUAUGCAAGAGAUUGAAGACCGUUUGAGUUCCAUCAGAGAUAAAGUCAUUGCAAUGACCGGAUUCAUUCGUCAAGCUUUCGGAUGGCUUAAGGAUAUUUCUAAUUUAUGUCAAGAUACCUUUGGGUCUCCUUAUGAGAUGUGCAUUGACUCUCUAAACCGAAUGGUAGACCAAUGCAAAGAAGAGCUUGGAAUCGCGUCAAUUGUUUGCAAUGUGAAUUAUAUCCUACAUCCUUUGUGCGUUCCCAUGGAAAUCCUGGGCUUCAUGUGCGUGGCCAUUGAGUUUGUCGGAGAGGCCAUCCUUAAUGUUAUUGAAGAUAUUACGAAACAAUUUAGUGAAAUUAUAAAGGAAUUAUUCCACUUCACCAUUGAAUUCGAUUCUGACUUUGAUUUUGAAAUAUCGACCUCUAAGAAUUGGACAGAAAUAAAGAAGAAUAUAGCCAUGGAAAUAAAGAAGAGAACAGUGAAAUUUAUGGUUUUUCUCGAUUUUAUGGAGAUUUUGUCCUUGAUCUUCAUUUUGUGGCUGUUUUACAAGGUCUUUAGGUACCAGGCCCAAUAUCUGAAGAGAGAUGAUUACAAGAAUAUAUACAUAACUCGUAAUUUCCAUGAGUUUGAACAAAAAUGUGCAGAACGUGAUCAAGAUCAAGUUCUUCCAUUGCGUGGUAAGGAAUGUGAUCGCUACACUGAGUUAGGAUCCUUUUGGCUCAUCCAAUAUGAACGACGAAAACUCAUUCGAUCUUUUCCUUUCCUACUCCUUUCGAACAUUCAAAUCUUCACGAUCCUCUUCACUGACUACACUCUGCAUUGGAUUCUAGUUACUAUUCGAGAAUACGAAGCAAGUCACUUGCCUGUAAUAACUUCAGGCCAGGCGAUCGUUAAAGUUUCUGGAACCGGACCCCUUGCGGAAAUGUACAGGAAUAUUGUACAAGAAUUCGAUCCAAUUCUUAAGGGUUUUACAGCAGAUUUUCGGCACUGCCUGCCCAAUCCCAGUUCGCCAGAUUUUGGAAGAUUUCGCACUAUAAUAUGUCUUAUAGUUAUUUGUUGGUUGUUUCUCCUGUUGGAACCUCUGAGUUUGCGUGCCCAGCAAAUAGUUAUAGAUUCUUAUCAUCCGGAAAGAGCGCGUAAAAGGGCAGCUUGGCUUCACGGAGAAAUUCUUCGGCGACGCAAAAGCUUUCUAGCAGUAACAGCCCGGAAAAUGGCGCAAAUAAUUUCUGGGAACCAAGAAGAUCAUCAAGCUGGACUUUUUAGGUAA